CCGGCUCGGUACCGACCAGACCGUGCCGCCCGCCGCUGGAUCCAAGACUGUCCGAAUCCCCCUAGAGCAGAGAGGCUCUGCACAAGAACUGGUCGUCGUUUUCCGGAACAGCCCAAACUCGCCCGAGCCCCGAGGCCAUCACACGGAUGAGGCCACGCCCCGACUCGUCUUGAGUCUGCCCUUUUUCGCGCGAGCCUUGAGGCACCGCCUCGCUACCGCUGGGACCUCUCGGCCCGCCCCAGUCCACCGCAGGGCAGUUCCUCGAGUUUACAGGUGGUGCCUCACCCUGGCCCGCCCUGAACCCGCCCUCAGCUCACGGGACCCUGCCCCGGACCCGCCAGACGUGCCCGCGGCAUAGCCCUACCGUUUCUCUAGUUUCUCUCAGAAUACUCUCGAGCCGGACUCCGCCAUCUCGGAUCCUCUCUUUCUCCCGCGUCCAGGCUGUCUGGCUUCUGGCGCCUCCAUGCGGUGGUGAGGGGCGCGACAGAAUAGGCAUCGCGAUUGUCCCUCCCCGCUUGCCGUAGCCGCUGCUUCCUGUGCCGGUGGACCCGGAUGUGCCGAGCGGCUGGGGCGCGCUCCAGCCUCCCGCUGUCUCGACGCAGCGGAGGGUGGCGCGAGGUGCAGGAAUGUCCUGUCAGUGAGUGACCCACACGUGUGUGGUCUGUGCUGGGCUGCUAGCUCAGCAUCUGGCACCCAGGAUCCACCUGUGCAUGGGAGUGUCUAGCUCCUUUCUCUUGCUGAGUCGUGCUUCUUUGUGUGUGGCUCUACCACGGUUUGUCUGUCCAUUAGGUGAAGGGGAACAAUACAUUGGAUAGAAAAGGGAGGUGAUAAUGCACCAUGGCAGUGGUCCUCAGAAUGUCCAGCAUCAACUUCAGCGGUCCAGGUCCUUCACAGGGAGUGAAGAGGAUCAGCCAGCCCAUCCUAACCUGCCCCCAUCCCCUGCUGCGCCUUUUGCUCCAUCCGCCAGUCCAUCUGCACCCCACUCUCCCGGGUACCAGAUACAGCAGCUCAUGAGCAGGAGUCCUGUGGCUGGGCAGAAUGUGAACAUCACAUUGCAGAAUGUUGGCCCUGUUGUGGGAGGAAACCAGCAGAUCACCUUGGCCCCUCUGCCACUGCCCAACCCUACUUCUCCAGGUUUUCAGUUUGGUGCGCAGCAGAGGCGCUUCGAGCAUGGCUCUCCAUCAUACAUUCAAGUUACUUCUCCUCUGUCACAGCAGGUCCAGACGCAAAGCCCCACACAGCCCAGCCCUGGGCCAGGGCAAGCCCUGCAGAAUGUGCGUGCAGGUGCCCCGGGCCCUGGGCUGGGCAUCUGCAGCAGUAGCCCCACUGGAGGUUUUGUAGAUGCCAGUGUGCUUGUAAGGCAGAUCAGCUUAAGCCCAUCCAGUGGUGGGCACUUUGUAUUUCAGGAGGCACCAGGCCUCACCCAGAUGGCCCAGGGAGCUCAGGUUCAACUCCAGCAUGCAGGAACUCCCAUCACGGUUCGAGAACGGAGACUCUCCCAACCUCACACACAGUCUGGAGGCACUAUACACCAUCUGGGGCCUCAGAGCCCUGCAGCUUCAGGAGGCACUGGACUGCAGCCUCUGGCCAGCCCAAGCCAUAUCACCACAGCCAGCCUGCCACCCCAGAUCAGCAGCAUCAUUCAGGGCCAGUUGAUCCAGCAGCAGCAGCAAGUGCUUCAGGGACAGCAGCUGAGCAGACCUCUAGGGUUCGAGAGGACACCUGGUGUGCUGCUCCCUGGUGUUGGGGGGCCUUCAGCAUUUGGGAUGACAUCUCCACCGCCACCCACCAGCCCUUCCAGAACCACCAUGCCCCCAGGCCUUUCCAGUGUGCCUCUUACUUCUAUGGGAAGCUCAGCACUGAAGAAGGCUCCCAAGAAGUUGGAGGAGAUCCCACCAGCCUCCCAGGAGAUGGCACAGAUGAGGAAGCAGUGCCUGGACUACCACUACAAGGAGAUGGAGGCACUCAAGGAGAUCUUCAAGGAGUACCUGAUCGAACUGUUCUUCUUGCAACAUCUUCAGGGGAACAUGAUGGAUUUCCUGGCUUUUAAGAAGAAGCACUAUGCCCCUUUGCAGGCGUAUCUUAGGCAGAAUGAUUUGGACAUUGAAGAGGAGGAGGAGGAAGAGGAGGAAGAGGAAGAAGAAAAAUCUGAGGUUAUCAAUGAUGAGGUAAAGGUUGUGACAGGCAAGGAUGGGCAGACUGGGACUCCCGUUGCUAUAGCAACCCAGCUUCCGCCAAAUGUUUCUGCUGCUUUUUCAUCCCAGCAGCAACCGUUUCAGCACCAAACUCUGGCAGGGAGCCUGGUGGCAGGGGCCAGCAGUGCCACAGAGGGCGACCCAUUUAAGAGGCAGCAGGUGAUGCCACCCACAGAGCAGUCUAAGAGACCUCGACUUGAAGUGGGUCAUCCAGGGGUAGUUUUCCAGCAUCCAGGGGUGAAUGCAGGAGUCCCUCUGCAGCAGUUAAUGCCGACAGUCCAAGGAGGGAUGCCCCCCAUUCCUCAGGCCACACAGCUCACCGGACAGAGGCAGAGCCAGCAGCAUUAUGACCCUUCUACAGGGCCUCCUGUGCAGAAUGCCGCCAGCUUGCAUACCCCGCCACCACAGCUGCCUGCGAGGCUGCCCCCAGCCAGUGUCCCUGCCACAGCCCUUCCUUCCACUCUGCAGUUUCCACAGCAGCCACAGGUGGUGGAGACUCCAGCUCAGCUCCAAAUCCCAGUGAAGACUCAACAGUUGAAUGCCCCUAUUCCUACCCCUUUGCCCAGCCAGCUCCCUGCUCCUCCUCCACAGCCCGCCCAGCCGGCCCUCCAUGUUCCGAUGCCCGGGAAGGCACAGAUGCAGGCCUCUCAGCUUUCCUCCCAGACCCAGACAGUGACAUCGACCAGGCCCCCCUUGGACUCUGCCCAGCCCUGCCAGCGGUCUCUGCCCACUACCUCCUCUUCCUCAUCCCUUGUACCUGUGAGUGGCUCAGGCCCGGGACCCUCACCUGCACGAUCUUCACCAGUGAACAGACCCUCUUCCACCACCAGUAAGGCAUUGUCUCCCAUCACUUCUCGAUCUCCAGGGGUGGCAGUGUCAGCUACCCCCAAGCCACAGAGCCCUGCUCAGAAUGCUGCCUCAUCCCAGGACAGUUCUCAGGAUAAACUGGCAGAACAAAUAACACUGGAAAAUCAGAUUCAUCAGCGGAUAGCAGAUUUAAGGAAGGAAGGCUUGUGGUCCCUAAGGCGGCUACCAAAACUGCAAGAAGUCCCACGCUCCAAAUCUCAUUGGGACUAUCUGUUGGAGGAGAUGCAGUGGAUGGCCACAGACUUCGCCCAGGAGCGGAGGUGGAAGUUGGCUGCUGCUAAGAAGCUUGUCAGAACUGUAGCCCGGCAUCAUGAGGAAAAGAAGCUUCGUGAAGAAAGAGGGAAGAAGGAAGAGCAAAGCAGACUAAGACGUAUUGCUGCUUCCACUGCCCGAGAAAUAGAAUAUUUUUGGUCAAAUAUUGAACAGGUUGUAGAAAUAAAAUUGCAAGUAGAAUUAGAAGAGAAAAGGAAAAAAGCCUUAAAUUUACAUAAAGUUUCCAGGAGAGGGAAAGAAUCCAGAUUAAAAGGAUUUGAUACAUCACCAGAACAGUUUCUGGAUCCAGGAAUAUCUGGAAGGAAAAGAAAAGCUAGCAUAUCUUUGACCGAUGAUGAAGUGGAAGAUGAAGAAGAGACCAUCGAAGAGGAAGAAGCACAUGAAGGACUUGUAGAUCACCACACAGAACUUUCUAAUCUGGCCAAAGAAGCUGAAUUGCCCUUAAUUGAUUUGAUGAAGUUGUAUGAAGGUGCCUUUCUGCCAAAUUUUCAGUGGCCACAACCUGAACCUGACCAUGAAGACACAAGCGGGGAAGAGGAUGUGGAAGACUACCACAGUGACAGGGAGAGCCGGAGGGACUUGGUUCUCAUUGACUCGCUCUUUAUCAUGGAUCAAUUUAAAGCUGCAGAGCGAAUGAGUAUUGGGAAACCCAACACCAAGGACAUCACAGAGGUUACUGCUGUGGCUGAAACUGUCCUCCCUAAGGGCAGUGCCCGGGUCACAACUGCGGUGAAGUUUAGUGCUCCAUCUUUGCUGUAUGGCACCCUCCGAGACUAUCAGAAAAUUGGCCUGGAUUGGCUGGCCAAGCUCUACCGGAAGAAUCUCAAUGGCAUAUUAGCUGAUGAAGCUGGACUUGGGAAAACGGUGCAGAUCAUUGCUUUUUUUGCUCACCUUGCCUGUAACGAAGGUAAUUGGGGCCCUCAUCUUGUUGUUGUGAGGAGUUGUAACAUACUCAAGUGGGAACUUGAGUUGAAGCGCUGGUGUCCUGGGCUCAAAACCCUUUCCUAUGUUGGUAACCACAGAGAACUCAAAGCGAAGAGACAGGAGUGGACUGAACCCAACAGCUUCCACAUCUGUAUCACAUCCUAUAAGCAGUUCUUCAGGGGCUACACUGCCUUCUCAAGGGUGCGAUGGAAAUGUCUUGUCAUUGACGAAAUGCAGCGGGUGAAGGGCAUGACCGAGCGGCACUGGGAAGCAGUCUUCAACCUGCAGAGCCAGCAACGCCUACUUCUGAUUGAUGUGCCACUGCAUAACACCUUCCUGGAACUCUGGACCAUGGUACACUUUCUCAUUCCUGGGAUCUCCAGGCCUUAUCUGAGCUUUCCCUUGAAAGCCCCCAGUGAAGAAAACCAGGAUUACUAUCACAAAAUGGUCAUAAGGUUACACAGGGUGACACAACCAUUUAUUUUGAGGAGAACCAAGAGAGAUGUGGAGAAGCAGCUGACCAGGAAGUAUGAGCAUGUUCUGAAGUGCCGCCUUUCCAGUCGGCAGAAAGCCUUAUAUGAGGAUGUCAUCCUGCAGCCCGGGACCCAGGAAGCUCUAAAGAGUGGUCACUUUGUUAGUGUUCUGAGCGUCCUAACACGGCUACAGCGGAUCUGCAACCAUCCUGGACUGGUAGAGCCACGGGUCCCAGGCUCUUCCUAUGCAGCAGGCUCUCUACAGUACUGGUCAGCCUCUUUAAUUCUCAGAGUGCUGGAGAGAGAGUUCUGGAAGGAAACUGAUCUUUCUAUAUUUGAUCUCAUUGGGUUAGAAAAUAAAAUCACUCGCCAUGAGGCAGAAUUGCUGUGUAAGAAAAAAGUGACUCGGAAACUCAUGGAGGAAGUCUUUACUUUACCGCUUCCAUCAGCUCGGCCAGCAGCAGUGAAGCUGAAGGCCAGCAGGUUGUUUCAGCCUGUACAGUAUGGCCAGAAGCCUGAGGGUCGCACUGUGGCAUUCCCCAGCACACACCCGCCCCGGAUGGCGACUUCCAACACAGCCACAGCUACUCCACAGGGCCAGGUUCGAGGACGGCCACCAAUUGCCACAUUCUCUGCCAACCCAGAUGCAAAAGCAGCAGCAGCCCCGUUUCAGAACUCUCAGGCUUCCGUCGGUGCGCCUCGACACCAACCCACCUCGACCUCCAGCACAGCAGCGGGCCCAGCCCAUCCUGCGAAACUGCGGGCUCAGGCCUCCACCCCAGGCCCACCCCUGCCCCCGCCCCAGGCCCCUUCGCUGGUGGCUGGGCAGAGCGUGCCGCCCCAGCGGCUGGUGCUCACCUCGCAGGCCCAGGCCCGCUUGCCCAGUGGGGAGGUAGUGAAAAUAGCUCAGCUGGCAUCCAUUGCAGGGCCACAGAGCCGUGUUGCCCAGCCAGAGACACCUGUGACACUACAGUUCCAGGGGAAUAAGUUCACUUUGUCACAUAGCCAGCUGAGGCAGCUCACAGCAGGCCAACCUCUACAGCUCCAAGGCAGCGUCCUCCAGAUCGUGUCAGCCCCUGGGCAGCCCUACCUGCGAGCCCCUGGCCCUGUGGUGAUGCAGACCGUGUCUCAGGCGGGCGCUGUGCAUGGUGCCCUAGGAAGCAAGCCUCCAGCCGGUGGCCCCAGCCCCGCACCCUUGACCCCACAAGUUGGUGUUCCGAGUCGAGUAGCAGUGAGCACCAUGGCUGUUGGGGAACCUGGCCUAGCCUCCAAACCAGCUUCUCCCGCUGCGGGGCCGACCCAGGAGGAAAAAAGCAGACUUUUGAAGGAGCGCCUGGAUCAGAUGCAUUUUGUCAAUGAACGCCGCUGUUCCCAAGUUCCAGUAUAUGGCAGAGACUUGCUGAGGAUUUGUUCCUUUCCCAACAGAGGAAAGAGACCUUGGUGCUGGUCUUUGGAUAGUAACCUUGGGAAAGGUGCUAGAGCAGCGAGCUGUUACGUAUCAUCCUCAGAGAGUAAAGGUGAUCUGAUUUUGACAUUGAAUCAACGUCAAGAAUCCCUCCAGGAUAUUCUUAACAGGGUAGCCUGUGUGAUUCCUCCAGUGGUGGCUGCACCACCCUCCCUAUGGGUGUCAAGGCCACCCUCACUGUAUAGUGGCAGGCUGAGGACCCUGAGGCAGUGCCUGAGGGAACACACUGGCCCCUACCACCGGCAGCUGCAGCAGCUGACAGCACUGCGCUCACUGCAGUUCCCUGAGCUGAGGCUGGUACAGUUCGACUCAGGGAAGUUAGAAGCUUUAGCAAUCCUACUACAGAAGCUAAAAUCCGAAGGACGUCGGGUGCUGAUUUUAUCCCAGAUGGUUCUUAUGUUGGACAUUUUAGAAAUGUUCUUGAACUUCCAUUAUCUCACCUAUAUAAGGAUUGAUGAAAAUGCCAACAGUGAACAACGACAGGAGCUAAUGAGGAGUUUCAACAGAGACAGGCGAAUUUUCUGUGCCCUUCUCUCCACCCACAGCCGUGCUACUGGCAUAAACCUUGUUGAGGCUGACACUGUGGUGUUUUAUGACAAUGACCUAAAUCCAGUAAUGGACGCCAAGGCUCAGGAGUGGUGUGAUAGAAUUGGGAGGUGCAAGGACAUCCACAUAUACAGGCUUGUCAGUGGCAAUUCUAUUGAAGAGAAAUUGUUGAAAAAUGGAACUAAAGAUUUGAUCCGAGAAGUAGCUGCUCAGGGAAAUGACUACUCCAUGGCAUUCUUAACUCAGCGAACUAUCCAGGAGCUGUUUGAGGUUUACUCACCCAUGGAUGAUGCUGGCUUUCCUGUGAAAGCUGAGGAGUUUGUGGUGCUUUCUCAGGAACCUUCUGUCAGUGAAACCAUUGCACCCAAGAUUGCAAGACCUUUCAUAGAGGCCCUCAAGAGCAUUGAGUAUCUGGAGGAAGAUGCCCAGAGGUCCACAGAGGAAGCUGUGCCUGGAUCCAGCACUGAAGUUGUGUCUUCAGACUUGGACAGCUCCCGAUGUGAUGAGGAGCCUUCACAACUGGAGGAGCUGGCUGACUUUAUGGAACAGCUUACACCAAUUGAAAAAUAUGCAUUGAAUUACUUGGAAUUGUUCCAUACAACCAUUGAGCAAGAAAAAGAGAGAAGCAGUGAGGAUGUGGUGAUAGCAUCAGUGAGGGACUGGGAGUCCCGCAAUGCUCGGGCCCUGCAGGAGCGGGAGGUCCAACUGCAGCUUGAGCAGGAGGAGGCAGAACUUCUCACCUAUACUCGGGAGGAUGCCUACAGCAUGGAGUAUAUCUAUGAAGAUGCUGAUGGACAGACAGAAGUUAUGCCGCUCUGGACUCCACCCACUCCUCCUCAGGAUGACAAUGACAUCUACAUUGACUCGGUUAUGUGUCUCAUGUAUGAGUCUACACCCAUCCCAGAAGCUAAACUGCCUCCAGUUUAUGUGAGGAAGGAACGCAAGCGGCACAAAACAGACCCCUCAGCUGCAGGAAGGAAAAAGAAGCAGCGGCAUGGUGAGGCAGUUGUUCCGCCACGGUCCCUGUUUGACCGGGCAACACCCGGUAUGUUGAAAAUCCGACGUGAAGGCAAAGAGCAGAAGAAGAACCUGCUGCUGAAGCAGCAGACGCCCUUCGCCAAGCCUCUGCCCACCUAUGUUAAGUCCUCAGGGGAGCCUGCCCAGGAUAGUCCUGAGUGGCUCAUUGGUGAGGACUGGGCCCUGCUGCAGGCUGUAAAGCAGUUACUCGAACUGCCCUUGAACCUCACAAUUGUGUCACCUGCUCACACUCCUAAUUGGGACCUUGUCAGUGAUGUCGUCAACUCCUGCAGCCGAAUCUACCGCUCUUCCAAGCAGUGCCGGAACCGUUACGAGAAUGUCAUUAUUCCCAGAGAGGAGGGGAAGCCUAUAUGUGAAGCUAAUCCAAAGAAAAAGGCACAAAAUAUUUAUAAGAGUAAGAAUAAUCGUCCACUUCGCACGAGCCAGAUUUAUGCCCAGGAUGAGAAUGCCACUCACACCCAGCUGUACACAAGUCACUUUGAUCUGAUGAAAAUGACCGCUGGCAAGAGAAGCCCCCCAAUCAAGCCUCUGCUUGGCAUGAAUCCCUUUCAGAAGAAUCCCAAGCAUGCCUCAGUGCUGGCAGAAAGUGGAAUCAACUAUGACAAACCACUGCCUCCUAUUCAAGUUGCAUCUCUCCGUGCGGAGCGAAUCGCAAAAGAGAAAAAGGCUUUGGCUGAUCAGCAGAAGGCACAGCAGCCGACUGUGACACAACCACCCCCUCAACAGCAGCAGCAGCAGCAGCAGCAGCAGCAGCAACAGCAGCAGCAGCAGCAGCAGCCGCCGCCCCAGCCCCAGCCCCAGCCCCCACCACCCCCACAGCAGCCACCACCACCACUGCCCCAGCCACAGUCAACAGGCAACCAGCCAUCUUCAGGGCAGCCUACCAUCCAGACCCAGACCCAGACCCAGACCCAGUCACAGUCACAGUCACAGCCAGUGCAGGCCCAGUCGAAGGGGCAGCCCACGAUGACAACAGUAGGCAGCGCUGCUGUGCUGGCAGGAACCAUUAAGACAUCAGUCACUGGGACAAGUAUCCCAACAGGUACUGUGAGUGGAAAUGUGAUUGUGAACACGAUAGCAGGUGUCCCUGCUGCUACCUUCCAGUCUAUUAACAAGCGUCUGGCAUCUCCUGUGGCUCCUGGAGCCUUGACUACAUCUGGAGGCUCUACUCCUGCCCAGGUGGUCCAUACCCAGCAACGAGCAGUUGGCUCCCCAGCCACUGCCACCACUGACCUAGUGUCCAUGGCAACAACGCAGGGAGUUCGGGCAGUCACUUCUGUGACAGCCUCAGCUGUGGUCACUACCAACCUGACCCCAGUGCAGACCCCAACCCGGUCUUUAGUGACUCAGGUGUCCCAAGCCACAGGAGUUCAGCUUCCUGGAAAAACCAUCACCCCUGCCCAAUUUCAGCUCAUCAGGCAGCAGCAGCAGCACCAACAGCAGCAGCAGCAACAGCAGCAACAGCAGCAGCAACAGCAGCAACAACAGCAACAGCAGCAGACCUCCCAGGUCCAAGUUCCACAGCUCCAGAGCCAGGCCCAGUCCCCUGCACAGAUCAAAGCUGUGGGCAAGCUGGCACCGGAACACAUCAUCAAGAUGCAGAAACAGAAGAUGCAGCUGCCACCACAGCCUCCACCACCGCAGGCCCAGCCGGGCCCCCCCCAGCAACCUGUGCAAGUGCAGCCCCCACAGCCCCCACAGCAGCAGCAGCAGAGUCCCCAGCUCACCACAGUCACAGCCCCACGGCCUGGGGCUUUGCUCACAGGCACCACAGUGGCUAACCUCCAAGUGGCCCGACUUACCCGGGUUCCCACUUCUCAGCUGCAAGCGCAAGGGCAGAUGCAAACUCAGACACCCCAGCCUGCUCAGGUGGCCUUGGCGAAGCCUCCAGUGGUGUCUGUCCCAGCAGCUGUCGUCUCCUCGCCAGGGGUGACAACCCUACCCAUGAAUGUUGCAGGGAUCAGCGUGGCAAUUGGACAGCCACAGAAAGCAGCAGGGCAGACUGUUGUGGCCCAACCUGUACAUGUCCAGCAACUGCUGAAGCUUAAGCAGCAGGCUGUCCAGCAGCAGAAGGCCAUCCAGCCACAAGUUGCCCAAGGCCAGUCCACUGUCCAGCAGAAGCUAACUGCCCAACAGAUCGCUGCUCAGGGCCCACAGCAGAAGGUCGCCUAUGCUGCCCAGCCAGCCCUUAAAACACAGUUUCUGACCACACCCAUCUCCCAGGCCCAGAAACUGGCUGGGACUCAGCAGGUGCAGACUCAGAUCCAGGUUGCAAAACUUCCUCAAGUUGUGCAGCAACAAACACCUGUGGCCAGUAUCCAGCAGGUUGCAUCUGCUUCUCAGCAGGCUUCUCCACAGACGGUGACGCUCACGCAGGCGACGGCAGCAGGGCAGCAGGUGCAGAUGAUCCCCACAGUGACAGCAACAGCUCAAGUGGUACAGCAGAAGCUCAUCCAGCAGCAGGUGGUGACAACAGCUUCUGCCCCACUGCAGACCCCUGGUGGCCCAAGCCCAGCACCGGUUCCAGCUAGCUCCGAUAGCCCAAGCCAGCAGCCCAAGCUGCAGAUGAGAGUCCCUGCUGUGAGGCUGAAGACACCCACCAAGCCUCCAUGCCAAUAGGAGGGAAGGCAGGUGGCCACUGUGGCAAGGUGGCCUUGGCACAAAGAAUGCUGCAAUGUUUCUGGACUCUGGGAUCCACUGCAUAGGUUGGGCCGCACAAAGUUGCCUGAUACUUUCAAAGUGCACUGAGCUGUAAGAAAGAGGUCUAUGCUGAAUUCUUCACGUGUGUGUGACUAGCUGAAAAAGUGACAGUAGCAGACCUUCCUCAGCUGUUUUCUUCUAGUGCAGUGCACACAGUGAUACUGUUUGAAAAGCCAUCUAGAAUUUCUCUAAGCAUGCAUUACUUAGCACUUGGCAGUGAGUCCUAUAGCAGGCUCCAGCUCAGACUUGGUCUUUGGUACUCGUCUGCUAUCGUUCAGAGGAGGAGAUGACUGUAGACCAUCAGAGACCUGCUUCUCAUUCCAAAGCUGCUGCUGUGGUCCACUUCCUCAUAAUGAGUGAAUCAUUUUGCCUUUUAGGGGAAAUGCUUAGUGUGUAUACCCUUCUUACUAUGCCAGCAAGUUCUUGGCUAGUAUUAUGGGCAUCAGUAAGUGACUAGAUCUUCAAAGAGUGGCCAGUAUUAUGGGCAUCAGUAAGUGACUAGAUCUUCAAAGAGUGGCAACCCCUUGCUCCAGUAGGGGUUGGCUUUCAUUUAAAGGAAGCUUCUGGUACCGACACCAUCUUAGCAUAUCAAGCUUGUGUUUGGACCCAGUGCACUGGAAAUCUCCAGGGACCUUUUGUAAUGUUCCUGUUACAGGCUGGCAUGAGACCUAUGUGCUUUACACAGGUUGUUGGGUUGCAUAUGUCACAGUGAGUACAUGGCAGGUGAGGCAGCUUGGUGGAGUUGGAACCAAGGUCAUGGAUCCUUUGUUAUGUCCUGAAUAAUAGGUGGUAUGCCUAUCACGGCUAGCCAGUUGGAGCGCCACUGAGCCAUAGUGGCAGGCCUACAGUUGAAGAGGAGGAGGAAGCAUAAGGUUCAUACCUGUGUUUACUCUUCUCUUUACUACAGCAAGGUCACUUGUGUGGCAUUCAUGGCCAUGACAGGCCAACAGUGGCUCACCUGCCAUGUUCACCACAGUGGAAGAUCAUGACCCACACCAGUGCUGUAGCCUCUUUGUACCUGAUUAUGGUUUGCCCCAGGAAGUUGGGCUGUGAGGUCUGUGUUGUCAGCAUAACAAGACAGGAGCUGUUGUCUGCCGAUUCCUCCCUUUCAUGUCCAUCCUAAAGUGUCUGUCCCACCGUUUGUGGCCUGUGUGGGCAGGAAUGUGGCAAUACAUCCUGAAGCCCACCCAGAGCUCAGUUUUGAGCUCUUAAUGUGAAAUUUGAGAAAAGUAGCAAUUAGGUGUUGAAAAGGUUUAAUAGCUCCAUUUUCUGAAACAUCAACCUGCUCUGUACGUGGUCCGAUAAACUCAUCAUUUCUGUAUUGGUGUGUGCCAUUGGGGGGGAUGGGGGCACUCUCACAACUCCUAGAUACCUUGUAUCUGGCUCCCAGCAGUCCUGAUGGGCAGAACUGAGCUCUGUGGGGCCCCCUUUUGUUAGUGUCUGUCUUUCUGCAUCCUUCCCACUGUGGUGGUAGCAUAUGUCUAGUAUGCCCAGGCCAUAUAGUUGGUAGGGUGGGGAGCAGAGGGUGAAGUCUUUGGAGACGCAGGCAGGGGCUUCAUUUUUGGCGGUUAUUUUUGUUCACUUUGCAACUAGAUAGCUGUUGUGUUUAAAAAUGUAAGAAACAAGAUUGAAAUUGUAAAUACUUUGUAAACAUAAGCAUUUGUACUUGAAGAAUAGGAUUUAAAGGGCACUGAUGUCCUACCAAGCAAAAGGCAUAAUAAAAAUGACCUUUUUACA